AACUCUGCUUCCAAGAAAAGUCAUAGCAGAUACAAUGAUGACGAGCCAGAGGGGAAGCUUGCGAAUGAAAAAGCUGUGCAAGAUGAACAUAUAAAAGCAGACAGAGAUUCCCAGGGAGUAGGAAGAAAGAAGAGAGUAUAACAUUAGGCGGCGAAUGAAAAUGGUUGGUGUUCAGAGAGCUGUGCUGGUACUGCUUGUGGCUUGUUGUGUAUUAUUGGCGAUCACACAACAAGCUUCGGCUGCAAAACAUGCGGUUGGAGGAAGCCAAGGCUGGGAUGAAUCCACCAACUUCGAUUCCUGGACGUCUGCUCAGACAUUCAAAGUCGGUGAUCAACUCGUGUUCAAGUACUCGCAAGGCCUGCACAGCGUAGUCGAGCUCAGCAGUGAAGCCGCCUACAAGAGCUGCGACAUUGGCAAGAGCGUCAACUCCCUCAGCACCGGCAAUGAUGUCGUCAAGCUCGACAAGCCUGGCACCCGCUACUUUGCCUGCGGGACCACCGGCCACUGUGGCCAGGGCAUGAAGCUAAAGGUCACCACAGUCGCCGGCAAUGCCCCAUCCACUCCGGCAUCAUCUUCAUCCACUCCAGCUUCGACGUCUGCUGCCAGUCCCCAUUUUCCAGGCCCAGCAUCUUUCGUGCCCCUGAUGAUCCUGGUGAUCCUCUGUGCGUUCUCAGUCUUCUGAGUGCGUUCUUUGGCGAUGAUAGUGGUGAUGAUACAGAGUAUACUGGGAGAGGAACAGUUUGGUAGAUGGGGUAAAUUGUUUUGAUUGGAUACGUUGUUUUAAAAUUUGGGAGCGAGAGUUGCUUGUAAUAGUGAAGAAAAUUCAAUUUGUCAUUCAUUGAUACUUGAUAGGCAACUUACAUUGUAUGACGUUGUGGGCCUUUUCUGUACAUGUUUCUGGAGAGAAAUCAUGAUUUGCUGUUUGUUUUAACUAA